AAAUUUAAGGUUAGAGCUGUGUAUGAUUUCUCUGGAGAACCUGGCACAGCGGAACUAUCAAUAACAGCUGGUGAAAUAUUAACAGUAACUCGUGACAAUGUCGGCGAUGGCUGGUGCGAGGGUUUUAACAGCAUGGGCCAGUCUGGAUUAUUCCCAGCGGCGUAUGUCCAGGUAAUAGAGCCAACCGGAGUAACCGGAGCAACGACAUCAGCGACAGUGUCGUCACUGUCCUCGGUCCAGCAAAGUUCCGGCGACUAUUGGGACGAUGACUGGGACGAUGAUUCAGAGGUAGGUCAAACUCCAGCGUACAAUCCUCAGCAACAGUCGCAGCAAUACUCGAACCUGGAUGACAUAAGCGGACCAAUAUCGAAUAAUUUUAUCUCUCCGCCUACUGCUCACGCUCUGCCAGCUUUGCCAGAGAAAACUGUUUCAAAUGUCCCCAAGAAAAACAACAAAUUCUCGACGCUUAUAAAGUCCGGGGAGGAGGGAUUUUUGAUGGGCACCAAGGUGCUGCCUAUUCCUGAAGACGAGAAGAUAUUUGUUCAAGAGACAGAGGACGGAAGGUGCUACUGGUUGCCGACCGGAGAGGAGUACAAGUGUGUUGUGACAUCACCAAAGAAAGGAUCCAAAUUAAAAGGCCUUAAAAGUUUUAUUGUUUAUCAGCUCACACCUACGUUUAACAAUAUCCAAGUCUCGAGAAGAUACAAACAUUUUGACUGGUUGCACGAGCGUUUACAAGCCAAGUAUUGUUUUAUAGCGACUCCUCCGCUUCCUGACAAACAAAUUUCAGGAAGAUAUGACGAACAAUUUAUAGAACAUCGUCGUACUCAAUUGCAGGAAUUUGUUGACUACGUAUGUCGACAUCCUAUUUUAUCUAGAAGCCGCGUCUGGCAGCAUUUCAUCAUGUGUACUGAUGAGAAGCGAUGGAAAGCCGGAAAACGCCAGGCCGAAAAAGAUGAAUUGCUGGGAGUUAAUUAUUUCAAUGCUAUUCACUGCAGUGAUAUGGCUGUUGAUGCAAUUAAAGUUGACAUUAAAAUAGAUUCAUUCAGCCGAUUUAUCAGCGGACUGGAUCCAGUGGUCAAAAACUUCAUGGCCAUGUCAACGGAUCAAGGGAAAAAGUACCAAAAUUUGUACAAACGAGAGUUGCAAAAAAUAGGACAAUCUUUUAUAGCCCUAGGUCAUGCUUUGGAGUCCGACUGUCCAGGUCGCUCGACACUGACCACUGCUCUGAGAAGAUCCGGAGAAGUUUACAAUGACAUUGGAAGAUUGUACGAAGAACAGCCCCGGCUGGACUGGGAACCACUCGCUGAUAAAUUUCAUAUUUAUCGCGGGGUUAUUAAUAAUUUUCCAGACGUGAUUUCUAUUCACAAGAGCGCAAUGCAAAAGAAGAAAGACUGCGAGCGACUCGUAACAGAGCAUAAAAUGGAACCACAAGAACUUCGGGAACUUUCUCGUCGCACGGACGUUAUCGCUCGGUCUCUCAUGGCCGAAGAAACUCACUUUCAAUCAGAGAUUGACGUACAUGUCAAUCAAUCAAUGAAAAAUCAUCUUGUUGAGCAGAUCGGCUUCUAUCAAAAAAUUGUCUCGAAACUUGAAGAAGCGUUGGCGGCUUACAAUGCUUAA